AUGAUCAAGGUUCCCGGCCUGUCCUCCGGUCCCAGUCUCCCGACAACGAACCGCCUGAGUGGGAGCUCCGGGAUGACGAUUCCGCGGCCGCUCAUCCGCGUUGCGAUCGGAGCCGCCCUCGUGCUUCUCGUCGUGUUCGUGUGGUCGACGAAGCGGCUCGACACGUCGCGAUGGGACGCGAGCACGACGCUUGAGCGCAACCCGAAUGUGCCCAGCUGGCGCGACCACCCCGGACCGUACAACCCUGGUAUGGGCGUCGACACCCCGGCAAAGUACUAUGCCUACAACAAGCAUGACCGACCGAGGCAGCCGGACACGGACCGCGCAAAGGAGGUCGACAAGCGCUCCAACCCCUUCCACCCCGGCAAGUCGCGCAAGCUCGUCGAGGGCACGACCGACCAGUACACGGAGGGCCCGCUGCCGUCGCUGAACGAGGCAUUCGACUUCCUCGUCCCCCUCUUGAACCAGAUCAAGGAAGACGUCCCUGCCGUUCCCCGCGAGCACAACAUGGGAUCGACCAUCUUCGCGCCCUACCUGAACGACGAGCUCAAGGCGCGCUACGCGCACCUCGGCGGCGAGUGGGACGUGAACACGCGCACCUGGGUCCAGGGCGGCGAGAAGCGCUACCUGUUCGUGACUGUCUGUCGCCAGGUCGCCGGCAUGCUUCCCGACUGGUUCGCGGCGUGGACGGUUGUCGCCGACUUCCUCGGUCCUGAAUCGCUUGUUUUCUCGCUGCACGAAGGCGACUCUGACGACGGCUCUGGCGAGCUCCUUGCGCGCGCGAUGAAGAAGCACCUGCUGUACAUUGGUGUCCCGCCCGAGAACAUUUUCGUCCGCACGCACCUGCCCAAGGUCGAGUGGGAGAAGCACCACCGUAUCGAGAAGCUGGCCGAGCUGCGCAACGACGCCAUGGAGCCCAUAUUCAAGAGCAAGACGCCCGAGCUCGCUCCCGACGGCAAGCAGUGGAGCGCGAUUGUGUUCUACAACGACGUCUACCUCGGCGCGUCGCACUACCUCGAGCUCCUGCACCAGCACUUUGCCCAGGACGCCGACAUGACGUGCGGCUGGGACCACGCCGGCAAGUGGUUCUACGACGGCUGGGUCGGCCGCGACAUGAGCGGCGACCUGUAUACGCCCUUCCCCGUGCCCGAGGAGGAGCAGAAGAAGGACCAGAAGACCGUGCCCGGCGUGCACCUCACGUAUGGCAAGGACGACGCGCGCCUCCGCGGGUUCGUCGAGUAUCCCGUCCCCGACCGCGAGCACUCGGAGACGAUUGACUGGGACGAGAACCCGCCCUCGCGCGUUAGGUGUCAUGACUGGCCCGACAAGCUCGGGAAGGGCUACUGGGCGUGGGAUAGCACGAGGUGGGUCGCGCCCCCCAAGUACAAGAUUCCGGAGGAGGGGGCGGGAUUCUCGCGCCACGCGGGACAGAAGAAGGACGCAGUCAAGGACGAGGAGCACACCGAGCAGUAG